GGAAAGUGAGGGGGAUCAGGAUGAAGCAACUGGGAAGCAACUCCUACAAGGACCCACUGAUUGACAAUGGAGUCCAAGAUCCUAUCAGAUCAAGGACAUUAGUUCUUCGGUCAAAUCUCGCCUCUUGGAUCCCCGGCCAACUUUUCCAUCUCAAAUUUUCUUUUCUUCUUACGUGGGUCACCUUGCUCUUUCGGUCUUCUUUUGUCCCUGUAGACUGCAAUUUUUCCCCAUUUUCUCAUUUUAUAAGAAGAAAUUUCCACAAAACUUGGGCUGCCCAUUCCAUAGCACACUGGUUUUUCAAUUGGGUUUCUAUUUUAUUUUAUUUUCACUAUUUUUCAAAAUUUUGUAAUGAAGGAAAGGUUGAUUUUUGGGGAGGUAGAACCGUAGAAGAAGAGAAGAGUAUUCUGCAAUCUCUUCAUUUAUGACAAGAAAUUUGUCAAUACUUGAGGUACCCAUCUCAGGAAACACUGAAUUCCGAAUUGGGUCUCUCUCUUUCUCUCUCUUUUCAAAUUUUAUGUGUAAAGACUAAAGACGAGGGUUGAUUCCUGCAAGAGGUGGAAGAAGCAGAUAGUAUUGUGCAAGCCUUUCAUUUCUGAAUUCAUUUCAGAAAAGGCUGGUUUUUGUACGGCAUCUCUUAUUUUUAACCUUUUUUUUUUCCAUUAUUUUCUGAGGCAGAGAAUCUUCAGCAAUCUUCUGAUUUCUGAGAAAAAAUUCCCACUACACCUGAGAAGCCCAUUUCGGAAGAAACUGAGUUUUGAAUUGGGUAUCUCUUUUUUUUUAAUUAAUUUUUCUUUUCAAAUUUUGUCUGAAGAACAAGGUUGAUUCAUGGACGAGGUGGAGGAAACAGAAACUCUUAAACAUCAAGAAGAGACCCAUAAGAGGAAGAACCCAAAAGUGGUGUUUUGGAACUUCAUAUGGAGGCCUGUGUAUUGGUUCAGAAUGCUUGGUGAUGAAUUGCAUUGGAGCUUUGUGCUGAGUGUGGUGAUUGUGUAUGGGAUGAAUCAGGGUUUGAGUGUGGGUUUGAGCAGGGUUAGUACACAGUAUUACAUGAAAGAUGAGCAAAAGGUACAGCCUUCUGAAGCACAAGUCUUCUUUGGGAUGAUUCAACUCCCUUGGGUUAUCAAACCUCUUUGGGGUCUGCUCACUGAUAUUCUUCCCAUUAUUGGCUACAGAAGAAGGCCCUAUUUCAUUUUUGCUGGUUUUCUUGGUGUAAUCUCCAUGCUUUCCCUAGCACUGCACAAGAAGAUGCAUCUUGUGUUGGCCUUGCUAUCUCUAAUGACAGGAAGUGCUGGCGUAGCAAUAGCAGAUGUGACCAUCGAUGCCUGUGUGGCACAGAACAGUAUAAGUCAUCCUUCCCUUGCUGGUGACAUGCAAAGCUUGUGUGGACUGAGCUCUUCCAUUGGAGCCCUGGUGGGAUACUCACUCAGUGGCUUUCUUGUUCACUUUGUUGGGCCUAAGGGUGUGUUCGGGGUGCUGAGUGUCCCAGCUGGGUUGGUCAUCUUGGUUGGGAUGUUUCUGAGAGAGCCCCAUGUGCACAACUUUUCAUACAGACGGGUGAACCAGAAAUUUCUGGAUGCCUGCAAAGCUAUGUGGACCACACUGAAAUGCCGAGAGGUGUGGAGGCCUUGCUUAUACAUGUAUUUGUCACUUGCAGUGAGCUUGAAUGUGCGUGAAGGGAUGUUCUAUUGGUAUACAGAUGCAAAGGGAGGUCCAUCUUUUUCGAAGGAGGUUGUUGGAUCCAUAUUCUCUGUUGGUGCAGUUGGGUCCCUCUUAGGGGUUCUUCUCUACCAAAAUGUUUUAAAAAACCACCCCUUCCGUGAUAUACUCUUCUGGACCCAGUUGCUGUAUGGUUUAUCUGGUAUGCUGGAUUUGAUAUUGGUAUUACGUAUAAACUUGAAACUUGGUAUAUCAGAUUAUUUCUUUGCUGUGAUUGAUGAAGCUGUCACUCACAUGAUUGGACGUGUCAAAUGGAUGCCUCUCCUUGUGCUUAGUUCCAAGCUUUGUCCCCCUGGUAUUGAAGGCACUUUCUUUGCUUUGCUUAUGUCAAUUGAUAAUGUGGGGAUGCUUUCAUCGUCUUGGGCAGGAGGCCUCCUACUUCAUGUCUUGGAGGUUACUAGAACUCAAUUUGACAACCUUUGGUUGUCCAUUUUGAUCCGGAGCAUGUUUAGAAUCAUUCCACUUGGGCUGUUAUUUCUGGUGCCCAGAAGUGAUCCCAACUUAUCAAUCCUUCCAACUGAGAUGCUGAGGACCAAAAAGGGUGAUGAUAUACCUGAAUCUGAUAACAUUGAAAUGGCACCUCUUGUUAAUGGAACUUGACUAGAAUUUCAGGUGUCUUUAGAUGCAUCUUCAAGUAAGAUUGACUUCUGACUGAAACUAGAGCCUGAAAAUGAGUUUUAUUGGUUCUCCCCCCUUGUCUGCUACCUCUAACUAUGAGCAAGUUCCAUCAAGUUGACUGGAAAUAACUCUGGAUAUACCUUGAAAAAGCUGAAACCCAAAACAAAUAAGAGGGUAAAGUGAUGUCUUUUUGUGUUUAUGGCCCAUUGUAAUUUCUUCUUCAAGCGGAGGGAAAUGUACAUCUGGGAGUCAUUAGAACUCUUCCUUUUAGUUGCUUUGCUACACUCCCUCAAUGGGAAAAAGUUAUUAUAUCAACAUCUGAUAAGUUAGAGAACAAUUGAGACUUCCCAGCCAUUGUGGCUUUUGUUCUCAGCUUCAGUUUUUCUCAGCAAUUAAACUCAUUUGAAGCUGGAGUGCAGACAUCAGAGUGGCAUUUUUAUUUAUUACUCAUGAAAGAAUGGUGGCUCCAAGUUCCAACUUCUGCAGGUAGGCCAUGUCCAUGUUUGCCUGGUGUACUAGUUUGGAAUUCUUACAUAUACCACUUUUGUUGUAAAACACUGCCUAGAUGAUUAGCACUAAAUCUGUUCUAAAUCAAGCAAAAUAAGAUUCCAUACCUUUUCCCUGAA